UCGGUGUCCCGGGCAUUUACGAAGACAGCUCCUUGGGGCCUUGAGGCCGCGUUUCCGGUGGCGCCGGCGUUGCACCCGCAGGAUUUCUGGGCCGUUUGGUGUGCGCUUGCUGUGCGGUACUCAGCAGGCUCGUCUUCCGCCGAGUCCUGGCCUUUGGCCAAGUAGUCUGUAGGGAGGGCCUGGACGGCGCUCCACUGGAGCUGCGCCAAUGCCAGCAGUGCUGGGAUUCGAAGGUAGUGCCAACAAGAUUGGCGUGGGAGUGGUGCGAGAUGGCCGGGUGCUGGCCAAUCCGCGGCGGACGUACGUCACUCCUCCGGGCACCGGUUUCCUUCCAGGUGAUACUGCCAGGCACCACCGAACUGUUAUCCUAGAUCUGCUGCAGGAGGCACUGGCAGAAGCUGGAUUAACCUCCCAGGACAUUGAUUGUAUUGCUUUUACCAAAGGUCCUGGCAUGGGUGCUCCAUUGGUUUCUGUAGCUGUUGUUGCCCGUACUAUAGCCCAGCUGUGGAACAAACCCUUGCUGGGAGUGAACCAUUGUAUAGGUCACAUUGAAAUGGGCCGCCUCAUCACUGGAGCCACUAACCCAACUGUGCUGUAUGUCAGCGGAGGAAAUACUCAGGUGAUUGCCUACUCAGAGCAUCGUUACCGAAUCUUCGGGGAAACCAUUGAUAUUGCUGUGGGCAAUUGUUUGGAUCGUUUUGCUCGAGUGCUGAAGGAUGUAGCCCAGCGGAUGUUGGCCACAGGCGAGUGUACUCCUGAGGAUCUGUGUUUCUCCCUGCAGGAAACUGUGUUUGCCAUGCUGGUAGAGAUUACAGAGCGAGCCAUGGCACAUUGUGGCUCCCAGGAAGCCCUCAUUGUGGGAGGAGUAGGAUGUAAUAUGAGAUUACAGGAGAUGAUGGAGACAAUGUGUCAGGAACGUGAAGCCAAGCUUUUUGCCACAGAUGAGAGAUUCUGCAUUGACAAUGGAGCCAUGAUAGCUCAGGCUGGCUGGGAGAUGUUUCAGGCUGGACUCAGGACACCCCUCAAUGAUUCUGGGGUAACACAGAGGUAUCGGACAGAUGAAGUAGAAGUGACAUGGAGGGACUAACAAGAGUAACAAGAUCAGAACAGAUAGUUCCCUAGUGGAGCUCAGAGGAUCCUGGGGCUUUAAUCUCUGCCCUGGGAAUAUUGGCAGUACUGUGGACUUCUCUCUCCGGUGGUCAAGAUAUGGACUCACAAGACUUAAAGUUCCCUGGAGAAUCUCCAGAUGACUUGGCAAUAAAAUAUUUUUUGGUUUUGUA